CAGAGGCAGUGGGAGGAAGCUUCUGCGGGGUCAGCUCAGGAAAAUGAGAGCCCAGGCUCCUCUCCACCUCCGGGCCGGGCAGAGGAGCCUCCUGCCUCUGCCUCCUGAGUAGCUGGGAGGCUAGGCUUGCACACUGCGUCCCACUGGGCAGCACUGAGCUGGGCGAGGGCCCCGCAGGCGGCUGGGCAGGGCCGAGCCGGCAGCAUGGCGCAGUGGAACCAGCUGCAGCAGCUGGACACGCGCUACCUGGAGCAGCUGCACCAGCUGUACAGCGACAGCUUCCCCAUGGAGCUGCGGCAGUUCCUGGCGCCCUGGAUCGAGAGCCAGGACUGGGCGUACGCAGCCAGCAAGGAGUCGCAUGCCACGCUGGUGUUCCACAACCUCCUGGGUGAGAUUGACCAGCAGUACAGCCGCUUCCUGCAGGAGUCCAACGUCCUCUACCAGCACAACCUGCGCCGCAUCAAGCAGUUCCUGCAGAGCAGGUACCUGGAGAAGCCCAUGGAGAUCGCGCGCAUCGUGGCCCGGUGCCUAUGGGAAGAGUCCCGCCUCCUGCAGACGGCGGCCACCGCUGCCCAGCAAGGGGGCCAGGCCAGCCACCCGACGGCGGCCGUGGUGACGGAGAAGCAGCAGAUGCUGGAGCAGCACCUGCAGGACGUGCGCAAGCGGGUGCAGGACCUGGAGCAGAAAAUGAAAGUGGUGGAGAAUCUGCAGGACGACUUUGACUUCAAUUACAAAACCCUCAAGAGCCAGGGAGAUAUGCAGGACCUGAACGGGAACAGCCAGGCCGCCACGAGGCAGAAGAUGCAGCAGCUGGAGCAGAUGCUGACGGCACUCGACCAGAUGCGCAGGAGCAUCGUGAGCGAGCUGGCGGGGCUGCUGUCCGCCAUGGAGUAUGUGCAGAAGACACUCACGGACGAGGAGCUGGCCGACUGGAAGCGACGGCAGCAGAUCGCGUGCAUCGGGGGCCCCCCCAACAUCUGCCUGGACCGCCUGGAGAACUGGAUAACCUCGCUGGCGGAGUCGCAGCUGCAGACGCGGCAGCAGAUCAAGAAGCUGGAGGAGCUGCAGCAGAAGGUCUCCUACAAGGGCGAUCCCAUCGUGCAGCACCGACCCAUGCUGGAGGAGAGGAUCGUGGAGCUGUUCAGGAACCUGAUGAAGAGCGCCUUUGUGGUCGAGCGGCAGCCCUGCAUGCCCAUGCACCCCGACCGGCCCCUGGUCAUCAAGACUGGCGUCCAGUUCACCACCAAAGUCAGGCUGCUGGUCAAGUUCCCGGAGUUGAAUUAUCAGCUGAAGAUUAAAGUCUGCAUCGACAAGGACUCGGGGGAUGUGGCGGCUCUGCGCGGAUCCCGGAAGUUCAACAUCCUCGGCACCAACACGAAGGUGAUGAACAUGGAGGAGUCCAACAACGGCAGCCUCUCGGCGGAGUUCAAGCACCUGACGCUCAGGGAGCAGAGGUGUGGGAACGGGGGCCGCGCCAACUGUGACGCCUCCCUGAUCGUGACUGAGGAGCUGCACCUGAUCACCUUCGAGACCGAGGUCUACCACCAGGGCCUCAAGAUCGACCUGGAGACCCACUCCCUGCCUGUCGUGGUGAUCUCCAACAUCUGCCAGAUGCCCAACGCCUGGGCGUCCAUCCUGUGGUACAACAUGCUGACCAACAACCCCAAGAACGUGAACUUCUUCACCAAGCCCCCGAUCGGGACCUGGGACCAGGUGGCCGAGGUGCUGAGCUGGCAGUUCUCCUCCACCACCAAGCGCGGCCUGAGCAUCGAGCAGCUGACCACGCUGGCCGAGAAGCUCCUGGGACCGGGCGUGAACUACUCGGGGUGUCAGAUCACAUGGGCCAAGUUCUGCAAGGAGAACAUGGCCGGGAAGGGCUUCUCCUUCUGGGUGUGGCUGGACAACAUCAUCGACCUGGUGAAGAAGUACAUCCUGGCGCUGUGGAACGAAGGGUACAUCAUGGGCUUCAUCAGCAAGGAGCGGGAGCGCGCCAUCCUGAGCACCAAGCCGCCCGGCACCUUCCUGCUGCGCUUCAGCGAGAGCAGCAAGGAGGGCGGCGUCACCUUCACCUGGGUGGAGAAGGACAUCAGCGGCAAAACCCAGAUCCAGUCGGUGGAGCCGUACACCAAGCAGCAGCUGAACAACAUGUCGUUCGCGGAGAUCAUCAUGGGCUAUAAGAUCAUGGACGCCACCAACAUCCUGGUGUCCCCGCUGGUCUACCUGUACCCCGACAUCCCCAAGGAGGAGGCCUUUGGGAAGUACUGCCGGCCGGAGAGCCAGGAGCACCCGGAAGCCGACCCAGGUAGUGCCGCCCCAUACCUGAAGACCAAGUUCAUCUGCGUGACACCAACGACCUGCAGCAAUACCAUUGACCUGCCGAUGUCCCCCCGCACUCUAGAUUCCUUGAUGCAGUUUGGAAAUAACGGCGAAGGGGCCGAGCCCUCGGCGGGGGGGCAGUUUGAGACCCUCACGUUUGACAUGGAGCUGACCUCGGAGUGCGCUACCUCGCCCAUGUGAGGGCGGUGAGGAGGCGGCGGCAGCCCGGGCACCUCGCCCCCGCGCCCUCGAGCAGCCGAACCCCCAGAGCAUCUCCCAGCCUUGUGGUUCCAGAUCUUCUUUAAUCUCCUCCUCCUGCUAUCUCCGAGCAUCUGGCACUUUCCGAAGCAGAGACGCAGCGCGAGGUGUGGGUGACAGGCGCGUCAUCUCCCGGGCUGUGGGGCGCGGCAGGGGCCAGAGAAGCGAGUGUGCCCCCGCCGCCCCGCGCCGCCCUGCUGGCUGCCCCUCUGGGCUUGUCCUUCGCCAAGUGCCUCUGGUGCCAGCGGCCCCUCCCGCCUGCCGCCGCGCCUGGCCUCGCCCGUUAGCUGGCCAGUGUCCAGGUAGAAGCCACAGUGUCCACCCCGGGUUCCUUUCUAAAUGCAAAGUUGCUCUGCGGCACCCUCCCCGCAUCCCUAAGACUCCAUGCCCAGCGCCCAGCUGUCCACGGCUGGCCGGCCAGGGACUCGGGAGACCGACCGCUGCAGAGCCGACCCUUAGGGACCCUGAAUCCAAGCUGGGGCGCAGUCUCGGGUUUGAACGAGGGCAGCUCGACGGGGCUGACUGCCCGGGACCCUGCUCAGCCGCCUUCUCCCCAGGGCUUCGCCCCGGCUCUGCCUGCUGGAGCCAGCUCCUCUCGGGGCCUCCCGGCCUGGCUCACCUGGCCUCAGUCCCACCCGCUGCCUGUUGGCCGUGUCCUGCCCUGGGUUGUGCUUUAGGAUCCAGGCCCCAGCACCUCUGGGCAGGUGAUGGCAGACUCGCUGGGGCUCUGCCCCCGCUUCCUCGUGGCUUCCAGAGAGGCCUCUUCCUCUCCCGCCAGCACGGGGCAACCUCGGGGCUACGCCCCAGGGCCCGCAGACACUAGCCAAGCUGGGGGUCGGGCGCACCCUCCUGUGCCCGUGGUCAGCGCGUGUCACCAUGCCUGGGACGCUUGGCAGUGGGCAGGGAGAGCUGAGGGCGUGGCUGGCCCUGCUCUCGGUGUGUUGAUUUCUAGGCCAAGCGGCGGGGAGGUGACCCCGGGAGCCGAAGUGGGAA